UGUGCCGUGGGAAGGAAAAUACACAAAUUAAAAGUGAAUAAACAUUACGACCUAAGAAUUAACUGACUAAAAUGGCUAUGUAGUUAUUAUUUAAACUUUAUUUGUACACCACAACAUAUGAAAAAACAAAUAAUAACAUGGAAAAGUAUAGUACAGUUAUGUAGUUAGUCUAUAUGCAGUAUGGAUGAGAGAGGCAAACCAGCAAAAUCUCUUUAACCUGCUUUAAGAUUAGAACUGCAGUUCUAGUUAUAGAACUCAAGUUCUUUAUUAGAACAGGUAUCCAAAUUUGCUCUAGUAGAAUCCUACUAAAGGCUGGGUUGGGAGAACUAUACCAGCGGCGAAGAAAAUUUACACAACGCCGAUAAUUAUGUUGCAAAUGAAAAACAGGAGGAAAGAAUUUCCGGAGGCAAGAUAACUAAUGAUUUUUCCAAUAUGUUCCAAGUACAAAUUGUAUCGAACGGCGAUCAAUUCUGUUCUGGUGCCAUUAUAAGCCAAGACUACAUACUGACGGCAGCGCAUUGUGUCGAAAACACUAAGCCAGAUGACGUCUUCGUCAGAGCUAAAACUCGCAGACUCAACGAAGGAGGAUUCAUUAUAGAAAUUGAUGAAAUAGUGAUUCAUCCAGAAUACGACUACCCUCAGAACAACAAUGAUAUCGCGUACAUGAAAACUGCUGAACCUAUACGGUUUGAUUUACUAUUUGUUCCGGCUCGAUUUGAUACCCCUGACACUGAAUUUCCGGAUGUUAUUACUGUAUUUGGUUAUGGAAGACAAGAGAACGGCGAGGCCUUCAGUGAAGAACUAAGGUCGGUUAACUUGACAGUGAUUCAUAACAUGCGGUGUCAAGUGAUAUACCCCGAGGUGGGCAUCACCAAAAAUAUGUUUUGUGCAGAAAACACUCGGGACGGUGGGCAGGGGGCUUGCAAGGGUGAUGGAGGUGGCCCGGCGACAAGGAAAAAUCGACGUGGUUUGGACGUUCUUGUUGGAAUCAGUUCCUUUACCCGCGGAUGUGGGGCCAGCAUGGGGCCCAGUGUCUUCACCAACCUGCGGGCGCGGGAGAUACGCGAGUUCAUCUCUAAUGGGACUGGGGUCGAUCCGAGAAUCUACGCUUGAAUGAAGAAGAUGAAAAUCAUUUUACCAUCAUCAAUUUAAUUAAUAUAAUCGUGACACCUAAAUUACCUAACUUAUUCAUUAAUACAACAGGAAUUAUAGGAAUAUUAUUCUGCGCCUUCAUUCGCCUGAAAAUCUUUACCGGAAUACAAGAGCAAUUCUUAUAGGCUUUUUGUAUAUGAAAUAGCUAUUCAAGCUACUUCAUAUACAAAAAGACUCAAUAAAUUGAUAAUAAACAAAUAAAUUAAGUUGGCAUUG